CAUUCAUUUUCAUUUUGUUUGCUUGUUUUCAGUGUCGUGUCUUUGAAAAAUUUUUUCAUCUUUUUCAUUGUUUUAAACAGCCAAAAAAAACCUUAAUUCAAAACAUUAAUCAUGUCCAACAUUUGUCUUCGUUGUAAUAAACCAGUAUAUGCCGCUGAAGAAUUAUUAGCUGGUGGUAAUAAAUGGCAUAAAGUUUGUUUCAAAUGUAAUCUUUGUGGUAAACGUUUGGAUUCAACCAAUGUUAAUGCCCAUGAUAAUGCCUUAUGGUGUAAACAAUGUUAUGGCCGUAAAUUUGGUCCAAAAGGUUAUGGAUUUGGUGGUGGUGCCGGUGCAUUAUCGAUGGAUGUUGGUGAACAUUUAGGUAAUCGUGAAUCACAAAUGACAAACAAACCAUCCGGUGUUAAUACAUAAACAGACAUAUAUUUUAAUGAUGAUGAUUGAUGGAUGUCCAAAUUGCAACCAAAAAACAAAAAACAAAACCCAAAUUGAUUAAAAAUUGAAAAUUUAGCCCAAAAAUUUUUAUCUCUUUUUUCUGCCGUUAUUUUAUUUAUUAUUAUAAAAACACACACACACAAACCGCUGGCAAACACACACUUACCCUGUUAAAUUCAUUUCAAAUCCUAAACAAACUUUUGCCCAAAAUACAAACAAACAAAAAGACCAAAUUAAAAUGUCUUCUUCUUUUGGUUGUUACUAAAAAUUUAUUUAUUUUAACAAAAACAAUUAUAAAUUAUAAAUGUUUGACAACAAAAACAAAAAAUAAAAUAAAAAUGAUUUAAAAAAUUAA